AUGUUUGCUGCAAGAGCAUUUGGCCGACAGGCCCAGAGUCUUCCCAAAUGGACUCAAUUCCGCUGUGUAUCGACGUUGGAAGGAUCUCCCCACAUAUAUGUAUUCCCAAAUGCUGAACCAGCAAAUGGAACCCAUAUCUUGUCACUGUUACCCUCCGAGCCAGUCAACCCAGACUUGGCCAUUGGACUCUCAACCCAACUCCCACCAACAACAGAUUCCUUCAAAGAGAACCCGAAAUUCUUGAACAUCGUUCAGGAUGUAUGCUCUAAAUAUGCGCAUGAAGAUCCCGAUGCCAAGUCCCAAGCGCAGGUCAUGGUCUCUGUAGCCGGCGCGAACCUGAGCUCAGGCGGCGUGUUGAUGACCGGUCAGCGUGGGAUCAGACGUCGAGGAGGAGGUGAUUCUAGUGGUGGUGCUAGUGGUCAAGGUGGCGCAGGAUCUGGUGGACGUGGUGGCUGGAUCCAUGUGUCUGACACCAGACGCCCACCUGACUAUGGGCGGAUUGCUUGGCCUGAGGAUAUGUUCGGAAGUCUUGAGGUAGAUGCAAAAGGUCAAUUCAUUGGAGACAAUGGCAAUUAUCAGCCAAGUGGUACCUAUCGGAUUCUGACCCGCGAUGGAAUGUAA